GGGGAGGGCGGCGCCAGCGUCGCCCCCGGACCGCCGCCGCGGUCGCGGGGGGGCCGCAGCAGAGCCGGAGCAGCAGCGGCAGCACCAGCUGUGGCAGCAGCAGCAGCGGCGGCGGGAGGAGCGUGUCUUGGCAGCGGCACGACGGACCCGUGCCCCCGCCCGAAGACAGCGAGCCUCGGCCUGCGAGCCCAGCUGCUGGUCAGGGAAGGGCAGGGUGAAAGACAAACUAACUGCCAAACAACCCCAAGCGCCCGCGCCCGCCGUGCGGUUUAUUUUUAUUUCCUCUAACGGUUUCUAAAAAAAAGAGAAAAAGAAAUAUUAUUGUGUUUUCGACGAUCCGUGCCGAGUGUGGAGUUGUUUUUCCGCACACCCCUGACAAACAAAGGAAAAGGGGGAGGGGGACCGCGGCGUUUCGCAGAAGACAUGCGUUCAGUCAGGAAGAGGUGGACUGUGUGCACGAUAAGUCUCCUCCUCAUCUUUUAUAAGACGAAAGAAAUAGCGCGGACCGAGGAGCGCCAGGAGGCACCUCUCGCCGGAGAUGGUGAAUUGAGUUUGAGUAGAUCAAUGAUCAAUAGCUCUGAUAAGAUAAUUCGAAAGAGUGGCUCCUCAAUCUUCCAGCAUGCUGUAGAAGGUUGGAAAAUCAAUUCUUCUUUGGUCAUGGAAAUAAGAAAGAACAUUCUUCGAUUCUUGGAUGCUGAAAGAGAUGUAUCAGUGGUCAAAAGCAGCUUCAAGCCAGGAGAUGUAAUCCAUUAUGUACUGGACAGACGUCGCACCCUUAACAUUUCUCAGGAUUUGCACAGCCUUCUCCCUGAAGUUUCCCCAAUGAAGAAUCGCCGAUUUAAAACCUGUGCAGUUGUUGGGAAUUCUGGCAUCCUGCUGGAUAGCGGAUGUGGAAAAGAGAUUGAUAGCCACGAGUUUGUAAUAAGGUGCAAUCUAGCUCCUGUGGUGGAGUUUGCUGCCGAUGUGGGAACUAAAUCUGAUUUUAUUACCAUGAACCCAUCAGUUGUACAAAGAGCAUUUGGAGGCUUUCGGAAUGAGAGUGACAGAGAAAAAUUUGUGCGUAGACUAUCCAUGCUGAAUGAGAGUGUCCUUUGGAUUCCUGCCUUCAUGGUCAAAGGUGGAGAGAAGCACGUGGAGUGGGUUAAUGCAUUAAUCCUUAAGAAUAAAUUGAAAGUGCGAACUGCCUAUCCAUCACUGAGACUUAUUCAUGCUGUCAGAGGCUAUUGGCUGACAAACAAGGUCCACAUUAAACGACCCAGCACUGGUCUUCUCAUGUAUACACUUGCCACCAGAUUUUGUGAUGAAAUUCACCUGUAUGGAUUUUGGCCAUUCCCAAAGGAUUUACAUGGAAAACCAGUCAAGUACCAUUAUUAUGAUGAUUUGAAGUAUCGGUACUUUUCCAAUGCCAGUCCUCAUAGGAUGCCAUUAGAGUUUAAGACGUUGUAUGUAUUACAUAACAGAGGAGCACUUAAAUUAACAACAGGGAAAUGCAUACAAUAAUAAUGCUCAUGUAAAGUACAACAAGAAGUACAGUAUACACACCUCAUCAUAAAGAUGUUGUGGAAUGGCAGGCAGAUCCCAGUGAAGAUACGUUUCAAUACCCACUAAGCCAUCAGAAAAAGGAAUUUUAUCUGAAGUACGUAACCAGCUAUUAUACCUGUAAAGUGCUAUGUAACUAAACUAUCUUGAAUUGAAGGGUUCAAGUGCCACUUUCACUAAGAACAAAGCUUGAAUGUAUGCUCAGUAGUGUUUACAGGUUCCAGUGACACAUUCAUCAUGAAUUAAAGAAAUAAAAUAUAGCCUGCUUACUGCUGACUUUCUUCUGUGGUCAGGCAGCCCUCAGAAGAAAUACCCAGUGGAUGAAAUAUUUCUUGAGCAAUUAAACGAGGCUUUAGCAAAAAGAUCAUGAUGGAAUUGAGUAGAGAAAGUGAAGUCCAUAAGAUCAAGCAAAUCAGUAAAUGCCUUCAAUCAGAGGACUGUUGUAAUCUUGUAUUAUAAUCUCAGCUUUUCUUGCUGUUUUUCUUACUGCUGUUGUUUGGGUUUUGUUGCUUUUAAGUAUUUGAGCCCUUAAAGGAUUUUGAGAAUGUAAUUAAAGUAUGUAUCUUAUGGAAUUGUCUUAGGAAAAAAAUUCAUAAGGGUGGGAGGGCGGAGGGAAACAUCAAAUAUUUUAUUGUUACUGUGUUGCAUCCUGCUGUCACACAACCCGUAACAUCCCAAUUGUUCUUCUAGCUACUGCUGUCAAUUCCCACUACAUGGAGCCACUCAGAGGUCAUUUUGACCCAUUUUUAAAGAGAAGUUUUUCUGUUGUGUUCAGAUUUGAAAACAUAUGAGAAGGUGCCCUUAUUUUUGGUACCAAAGAUUACUUUCAUACACAUUAUUUCUUUUCCUUGAAGAAACGGCGUAGAUUUAUUAUGAUGUUUCUUUGCUGCUGAAGGGAGCAUAUUCUUUACGUUGUUUAAAUUUUUUAGUUAAGCAUCUCAAAGCAAAGCUUCUUUACUGAGUUUGCGUAUAGAAUUUUGUUCUUCAGAAAAAUCUGCAGGAGUAAAGAUCAUUUCAUACAUUCAGAUAUAUAUAUACACACACAAUUUUUGUUCCUGAUUUGAAAGGAAAAUACAAAGCCUAAAGGAACUCAGGUGACAUUGGAACAUGUCUAAAGAAAAAAAACAAAACAGGACACCUAGCCAAUUAAAUGGAAAAUAAAAGAACUGUAGAUCAAACAGUUAUUUUAAAACUUAAAUUUCUGACGGUGUUGGAUGAUACUACUCGUUUGUAUCAGCUUGAUGUUCUGAUGUGUAAUUGAAAUAACACAGAGCUGCAUUAUCUCACAGUGAUUUUUCUGUGCAUCAUUCCUGUUUAUCCAUGAAACCACUCUCUUAUUUCAAAAAAGAGAACAAGAAAUUACAGGAAGGUAAGAGAGGGUAAAGUGUCAGUGCAGCAUAUACUAACAUAAAGAACCUGUCUGCAUAUGGUAUGUUUUAGUGCUAAUGGAUCUGGUAAAUGAGGAACACCAUGGUUCCACUAUUUUCAUGUCAGGCUAGGCUAAGGAGAAAGCAUGCAGGUAAAAUGUAUGGGUAUUUUCUUUUAUGUUCUCAGCUCUAUGAUAGGUCUUCAUCUCCAAAUAUGAUAUUCUGUGUAUCUAUUGAAUUUUGUACUAACUUGAGCAAUUUAAUAUGUAGUACAACACUCUCAAACAUUUACUAGCUAAAAGUGCCAUUUAUUACCCAAUUUUCCUCUCAAGUUCACCUGUAUUUCAUCAUGCAUGACUAAAGGUCUGUGAUUAUGCAAAUGUAGUAGCUAAAUUACUGCCUUGCAGACAGUUUUACAAAAAGUUUUUUGGGAAAUAGAAAGUUAUUUUGCUGUAUCCAAGACACAGUAGCAUCUUUCCUGAUUCACCAGUCUUUCCUACCCAGCACAGUUUACUUUGGCUAUAUGCUAAGGUGUGGGAUGUGAUCCUAACAUGGUCACCACUGAAACCGGGGCAUCAUGAGGAUCUAAACAGCAAUACAGACUUGAAUGUGUUUAGUUUGAUUUUGAUAAGCCGGAGGGUGUUGUUUGUACACUGUGUAUACUUAAGAGUUUAGGACAAGGUUAUUUCCUUGAUGAAAGGUGGGAAUGUUCUUGUUCUUGUUGUUAGGGUUUUGCUGCUGUUGAUCUUUUAAAACUUACUUCAUAUACAUUGACAGAAUUUUUAUUGAGAUAAAGAAUUAACAGCUGCCAGUCUCACAGAAGCUCAGAGAAGCAUCUGUUUAGCUUUAUCUUUUCUUCUGGGAAUGUCUUGUCUUGUCUCUAGUGUCAGACCAUCAACAAAAAGGGAAUUCAAGUAGACUAAAAUAUUAACUAACAGGUGAUUUUUUUCACCUUUUCCUGUAUAUCUCCUGGCUUUGUAUUGCCCUGGGCAAUUUGUGCAUUUCUAUUGAGGCACCCCAGGUGCUGAAUGAAAAACCAGAUUACUUCCACUGUGUGACUCUUUCUCCCUAAAGGUGACCUGGAGCAUAGCACGAAAGGCUUAGCUACUGUAUAGGUACUUUACAGUGGAAUAAAUUUCACCUUGUGGCUCUUCACUGGGCAACAUCUUAAACCUCCACAGCUGCCUUGGAUGAUUUCUGUUGUUUAUAUACAUUCACACCUCCUGUGUUGCCUACAGCACAGAUCAGAUAAGCAGGCUUUAUUACAAUUACCACUUUUAUCAUCUAAUGCUCUCAACAACUAAUACAAGGUAGAUGAUAGGAUAAAAAGAAGGAUCCCUAAUGUUGUGAUGAUACCUGCUCUGGUGAGGAACAACUGAGGAAUGCCCAUCAGUUGAGUCUUCCUCAAAUUGAUCCUCAUAUCAGUCAUAUCAGUUGCCAGCUGAAGUUCCAAAGUGUAUGUUAAAAAUAAGAACUGGGAGCUACAAUCAAGACAGCAGUGUGUAUUUUUCCAAUUCUUACGGCAGCUUUACGUUGAACAACUUCAUUUAAUUCAGAUCAAUUUAUUGUGAAUUUUUUACUAAUGUACAUGUUAAUGUUUCUGUGGCAGAGAGUCUUUCAUAUUACAUAAAAAUAAUAGAUAAAUAUAUUUGAUUGAUUGUUAUGUUUUCAGCUCUGGGACAGUUCUGUCUCCCACAGCUCUGAGCCACUCUCCAGACAUAAGAUCUACUGAACCUUUCAAACCUUGGCUGGUUAACACAAUCUGAUGUGUAAUAAAGGCUCUACUAUUUUUUUUGUUAAAUAAUAUAAGCAACAUGUGCUUGAGGUCAUCACCUUUUCUCUAAUUGUCUGCAAUUUGAAGAAAAACAGAUAUGGGUUCAGUACCUUUUUUUUAGUGUUUAAUCUAGCAAAGUGCUGAGCACUCUUUAGAGUGACUUUCCUGGGAGAGACAUGUCCAGGAUGUAGAUGGGGAUCCAGAUUAGCAUAUUUCAGGAUAUAACUCUGAAAUUGCACAUUAUUUAUUUUUAAGAGCCCUGUUACUUUGUGUAGGGAAAAGCACAAUUGUUCUAAAUGUAAAUAAAAUUAAGGAAGAGCGUUUACAGAGAGCUUCAUUCCUGCACAGUACUAUUGCUACUGAGCGUAUGUAAUACAAUUUUUGUGCUUUAAAGUAUUGAUAUGUAUUCUGUCAGGAUUGCCAUGUUUGACACUGUUAUUAUUUCAAGUACAGCUAUGGGGAUUGUUUUUUAUUUGUAUAACUGUAAAAUAAAGAAGUUUUUUUCAUUUUUCUGCUA